AUGUGUGACAGUUCGGAUGGCAGUGGUCUGGAUAGAGAGAAAGAAGCUCAGCUUCAGCAAGCUAUCAGUGCAUUUAUGCAACCACCAUUCUUCAAUGAUAUUUGCAUACGUAUCGUAACGAUUGAUCUAACCAACGGACAUAGAAAUGAAGAGCAAGUAUUAGGAAAUAAAUUCCUACUAGCAUUCUUUUCGUUGCAUAUUCGUGAAUUGAUCCUCAACGGAGUUUAUUCAAUCGACAGGAACAAUGGCAUCUUACAGAAUAUACCAACAAUUGAACUUCAUCUUGGUACUACUGCCAAUGCUGGACAAGCUUUUAGGGUGUUACAAGUAUCUCGGAUUUGUCAAAUUCCAAUGGUAGAAAUGCAAGUGGCGGAACUUGUAAAAUUAUUCCUGUCUAUACAAUUUGAUGGAAGUAGUUGUUUUACAAAGCAUCAUAAUAUGAUGGCUAUAAAUUCGAACUCAAUUAAUUUGACAAAGCACCGACAUUACUUGUCAAUACCAAUGAGAAAGGAAGUUCAAAAAUCUUCGAAAAUCUCUGCUAAAAAUGAUUUGAUGAACAACGAAUUGGCUGGCGCAUCAUCGAAAGAAUCGAUCUCGACAAGACAACCGGUAAAUGCCGAAAGAUUCAGUGAGCUUAUCCUUCCAUCAAGUGACAAGGAAGGUUGGUGUCGUAAUAAGAAGUAUAUCGAGCAAGUAGCAAACGGUUACAUGUGUACAGUAUGCCACAAAGUUUACGGUCGUUACAAUUCGGUAUCAUACCAUGUUACUAUAUAUCAUCGUAAUUCACCUAUUAAAUGUGACGAAAAAGGUUGUCCGUUUAGGACACGCGAAGCACGAUACAUCCAUUUCCAUAAGUAUUACCGGCAUCAUAUUCCUUUACCGGACAAUAUCGAUUUAGGUUCACGCAAGUGUCCAUUUUGUCGCCACGUAUCGAAAAGUCCGGCGAUGUUGGAAAAACAUAUAAGCCGUCAUGUACAGGAUGUAGAUCGCGUUGCUUAUGCUGCUACUGGUAUAUCACGAACACAUUACUCACGAUAUCCUCAAGCUAAAUUCAAUUUUCAAUGCACGAAGUGUGGUUAUAGGGGACGGACAUCGGAUGAGUUGGAACGGCAUAAAAUAUUUGUUCACAGCAAAGAAGCAUUCCGCCGGAAACAAACUGUACCUGAUACUGCUGCUAACAAUGAUGGCAAUAAAAAUAGCGUUUCAAAUGAAAUUUCCGCACGGGAUGGCAAUGUUUCAUUGGCUGAUGCUGCAGAAACGACGAAAAAGAUUAUCGAAGUGAAAGCAGUCCUUUGAUCAACCACAACAGCGACAGCAUGAUGUCUUUUGCAGUUC